AUGGCUGCUCCCAAGACCUACCCACGUCCGCAGCCGCCGUGCGAUGCACGCUGCAGAGACCGCCUGAGCGACCUCCCGGACGGCGUCCUCGGCACCAUCCUCUCCUUCCUCCCCACAAAAGAGGCCGCCCGCGCCGCCGCGCUCGCAAGGCGCUGGCGCCGCACGUUCGCCGGCGUCGACACCAUCUCCUUCGUGCAGCGCGAGGCCCACAGCAACGACAACUACACCUUCAUGGGGUCUGCCCAGGAGCGCCGGAGCAAGAACGGGGACUUCAUCGACGAGGUCAACGCCGCGCUCCUCUGCCGCCGCCGCUGCGGCAGCCACGGCGCGCCGCGCGUCUUCCGCGUGAACUUCGGCUGCUUCGACUGCUGGGACAGGCCCAUGCUGAACCGGUGGCUCUACUCCGUGCUGAACCGCACAGCGCAGGAGCUCCACCUCGACCUGCGCCUCCAGCACGCCGCCACCGGUGAGCACUACGUUGGUGAUCCCCGUGACGAUGGCACCGACGUCAACAGCGACGCCGACUUCCCUGCGGAUGAUGACGAGUGCCGUGCGUACGGCCACGACGCCCAUCAGUACAAGCUUCCGCGGAGGCUCUUCUCCUGUGCCACCAUACGGACGCUCUGCCUCGACGCCUGCUCGCUCCAACCACCGGAGCUCCUCGACCUGCCUUUGCUCGAGACGUUGUUUCUAAGUAACAUCAGGAACUCCGGCAGCAGUGUCCAGCGCUGUGACAACAUCCAACGUCUCAUCUCUAGUUGCCCGCGCCUCAUCGAUCUCACGCUUGAGAGGUGCGGCGAAGAAGACAAGUGUUUCACAACCCCUGCUCCCGACAAUAGUUACACGAUCACAGUCCUCGACAAGCAACUCCAUAGAUUCGCGAUACGGUGCUGCCACAACCUUGUCAGAGCGAGCAUCGACGCUUCGGAGCUGAGGGAGAUCGAUUACAGAGGUGCCGUCCCCUCGGAGUCGCUCCUCGACCUGCACGGCGCCCACAAGAAGAUCUCUUCAUGCUCCGUCGGUUUCUGCGGCAAGAAGGUUUACAAGGGGGAAAUGCCCCGGUUCAGAAAGCUCCUCGACCAGUUUACCGACACGAGACAUCUGCAUCUAGAUUCCACUCAUCUCGGAUCAGACAUCGAGAAUAAAUCCUUCACGGGAUUCCCCUCUUUCCCAAACCUCGUGCGGCUUGAGCUGACUGGAUACCUUCAAAUAGGCAGCAUUAGGGCAAUGAUUAUGAUACUCGAGCAGGCUCCGAGCAUUGAGGUUUUGACGUUGUUUUUCAAGCCAAUAUACCAGCAGAGAUUUGAAACCCUCUGGGUGCAGUUGCACAAGCUCAACGAUGAGAUCCUGGUUCCGGAUGUUUCGAUCAUGUGCUUGCGGAAUCGAGUGAAGCGCAUCAAUCUUGUGCACUACCGGGGCCAUGUGGUACAGAGGAAGGUCGCCAAGCUGCUAUUUUCCAAUGCACUGGUUCUUGAACAAGCCUGUGUUGUAUUUCCAAGAGGCCCGCAAGAGGUGCAAUUGAAACUGAAGAAUGAAAUUGACGGAUGGGUGGUGAACAAAUCAGCAAAGACGAUUUUCUAG